AUGUGGCAGGCCAUUUUCGCUGCGUACAAUGUGAACAUCACUGAGAUUAGGAGCUCUCCGGAUCCUCUGGAUCUACGGAAGAUGACUGUUUCCAUCAGCUUCGAGGGGGAAUGGGAAUCAGAGAAUGCCACGCAGUUGAUUGACAGACUGGGGUCGUACUGUGUGGCGUUUACUCGCGGGUCGCCAGCGGAUGUCCCGUGGUUCCCUCGGUCUCCAGAAGACCUCGAUCGCAUUGCUUCCCACACUCUUGACGCGGGCAAAGACCUUGAGGCGGACCACCCUGGUUUCCACGACGUCAUUUAUCGCAAGAGACGUCAAGAGAUUGCAUCGUGCGCAGAAAAUCAUAAAGCCGGACGGGCAGUUGGAAUUAUCGACUAUACACCACGAGAAACGGCGACGUGGAAACACGUGUGGGGCAUCCUGACGGAUCUCUACCCCACUCUAGCUUGCAACGAAUACAACGAAGUGCUGGCAGGUUUGAGGGAUGCUCGUGUCUACGGGCCGGACACAAUUCCUCAGGUUGCAGAGGUCAAUGAGUAUAUCAAGGCCAAAACAGGCUUUACACUGAGACCCGUUCCAGGCCUUCUGUCGGCCAGGGACUUCAUGAACGCGCUCGCGUUCCGCACAUUUUUCUCAACUCAGUACAUUCGGCACCACUCGGCUCCUCUGUACACUCCUGAGCCGGAUGUCGUACACGAGCUCCUCGGCCACGCCCCUCUGUUGGCAAAUCCGGAUUUUGCAGAUUUUUCGCAACUUCUCGGGCUCGCGUCUCUAGGGGCUUCAGAGGAAGACAUUGCCCGACUCCAGCGUUUGUACUGGUUUUCAGUCGAAUUUGGGCUGCUAUGCAAUCCGGGAAAUGAAAUGGAAUUGGCUGCAUAUGGCGCAGGAUUGCUCUCCUCACCAGGGGAACUCCGACACUCGACCUGUCCUACGAAUGGGAAACUCGUGGUUCGUCAGUGGCGCCCUGAGGACGCAGCACAGCAAGACUUUCCGAUCACCACGUAUCAGCCUGUCUUGUUCGUCGCGAAGAGCUUGAAAGAUGCGCGCGACAGUCUUCUUCGGUACAUCCAGAAUCACAUCCACAAGCCUUUCGCAACGAGAUAUGACAACGCAACUCGGACGCUGCACGUUUCAACUGAAGUGCGAGCUCUGCCCGUUUCCCUCAGGUUCUAGGUUACAGACCGACUCUACAUUUCGCAGUUGGCAAUGUGCGAAGAUGCGUGUGUGUGGAGAUUUUCAAGGAAGAAACAUAAACGGAUAUGCAUGACUCGUUUUGCUUGUACAUGUUCUGACAGUAUGCAUGGAUUUGCAUAUCAUUCUG